AUGCCUAUCCUUUCCAACUGGAACGAGGAGAUCAAAUUCUUGGUCCCAGACGACAAGUUCAAGACCCCGUCUUCCAUCUCAGAAGUCCAGACCAUCAUCAAAGAUGCCGCACAGCAUAACGAGAAGGUCAGGGUCAUCGGUGCCAUGCACUCAACCACUCAAUGCAUGGUCGGCAAUGGCAUCACCAUCUCCAUGAAGAACAUGGCCGAGAUCUUGCACGUUGACGAGGAGAACAUGACUGCCACUGUCCAGGCUGGCGUGACCAUCCAUCAGUUGUGCGAGUAUCUCAAGCCGCGUGGUUAUCAACCUCCUGUCAUUCUGGAGUAUGGUAACUUCCAAAUUGGUGCUAUCAGCGGUACUCAAGCGAAUGACAGCUCUCUGUCCGACAGUGUCCAAUUCGCUUCAUUCGUUGUUGGCGUCAAGCUUAUCAAGGCCGACGGAGAAGUGAUGGAGAUCUCGGAGACACGGAAUGCAGAACAUCUUCAUGCCAUUCGCUCUCACUACGGUCUCUUUGGCGUGGUCUGCGAAGUCACCGUCCGCAUCUGGAAAACCAGACACUUGGAGUUCAGCUACGAGAUGACCUCCCUCGAAGCCUUUUCCAAAGACGUGAUCGGCAACGUAGACAAACUGCGCAACUCCUACGACCAAGCCUUCGGUCUCCUGUUCCAAGCCGACGGAAAGUUCAUGAUCCAGAAGAGAAGAUUCGUUGACAAUGAUACCAAAAGUCCUCACCCACUCACCAACAACCUGGAAGCCAAAGCCAUAAAUCUCUACGCUGAUCUCGUACUGCCUCUUGCCAAAGCAAACGGCCAACUCAAACUCCCCGCCCAUCAGCAGGAAUGGUUGAGUACGGCUCUAGUAGACCUCCCUCUACGCGCCCUUAGCCACAGCAACUACAUCAUAAACCCCAACGACCGCGCCGUCCCCUACCGCGAAGACCAACCCCAUUUCGACUUCUUCGACUGGGUGUUUCCAGAAGAAAAUUGGUCAUCCAUGGCCCACGCCUGGAUCUCCCUCUGCAACAAAUUCGAAGCAGAGAGAAACUUCGUCUUGACACUGCCUUGCUUGGUCUACUUCCUCAAACAAGACGACAAUAUGUUGCUGUCAAGGUCCAGAGGUGGCAAUAUGAUGGCGAUAGAUCCUGAAUAUGAGGAUCCUACUGAUCCAAAGUGGUUGGAGUUUCGACUUGCGUUUUCGGAGGUUGCGAGACAGCAUGGAGGUAUUCCUCAUAUCAAUAAGACUAGGGAUGGUGCGAUUAGGUGGUUUGCGGAGGCUUGUGAUCAGGAUGCGUUGGAGAAGUAUUUGGAGCAGAGGAAGGAGUUUGAUCCUGAGGGUAUGUUUGUGAAUGAGUUUUUCUCGACCAUGUUUGAGGGUCGUCUGUAA